ACACAUGUGCACUACAGGUGCACUCAACUAUCCACUCUUAAAACACACAAGCGAACUCACACAGGAGAGAAACCCUUUUCGUGUGACACAUGUGACUACAGGUGCACUCAACUAUCCGGUCUUAAGUCACACAAGCGAACUCACACGGGAGAGAAACCCUACAAGUGUGAUAUGUGUGAUUAUAGAUUCUCUAGUAUGACUCGCCUCAAGGAACACAAGCGCAUUCACACAGGCAAAAAGCCUUAUGCAUGUGACACAUGUGAUUACAGGUGCCGUCACCUAUCGAGUCUUAAGGCACACAAGUCCUCUCACACAGGAGAGAAACCCUUUGCGUGUGACGCAUGUGACUACAGGUGUACUCAACUAUCCAGUCUUAAGUCACACAAGCGAACUCACACAGGAGAGAAACCAUAUGCAUGUGAUACGUGUGACUACAGAUGCUUUCAAGUGGCUAAACUCAAGCGACACAAACGCAUCCAUACAGGAGAGAAACCUUACGUGUGUGACAUUUGUUCAUGUUCAUAUACUGAGUUGAGAGGUUUGAAGGUGCACUUUCGAACUCACUCAGGUGAAAAGCCAUAUGCAUGUGACAAAUGCGAGUACAAAUGUACGUCAUACAAUACUCUCAAGACACACAAGCGCUCUCACACGGGAGAGAAACCCUACAAGUGUGACAAAUGUGACUACAGGUGCACUAAACAAGUCAAUCUUAAGACACACAAGCGAACUCACACAGGAGAGAAACCCUACAAGUGUGACACAUGUGACUACAGGUGCACUCAGCUAUCCAAUCUUACGAAACACAAGCGAACUCACACGGGAGAGAAACCCUAUGCGUGUGAUACGUGUGAUUAUAGCUGCUCUCAAAUGGCUUGCCUCAAGCGACACAAACGCAUUCAUACAGGAGAGAAACCCUAUGCGUGUGAUACGUGUGACUACAGAUGCUCUGAAGUGGCUAAACUCAAGCGACACAAACGCAUCCAUACAGGAGAGAAACCCUAUGCGUGUGAUAUGUGUGACUACAGGUGCAGUCAACCAGCAAAUCUUAAGACACACAAGCAAACUCACAUGGGAGGAAAGCCCUAGACACGUGAUAACACACUGCCAAUGACAUAGCUACUGCUUGCACGUGAUAUGUGUGGAUAUAUUUCCUCUCCAGGAUCGCUGCUAUUCUCAUAUGUUGUUUUAACCUCCCCCCCCCCCACCAUCUUUCAUUUUCCCAUUGCUGAUCAGUUCUCAGAAGU